CUUAUAAAGGUUAAGAUUACUCUUGGAAGAACACUUUAAAAUACGUCCAUCUCUAGGGCAUCUGGUAUUAAAAGACAGAAAGUGUAACGUUGGCACCCUGGGGACUCGAUGCAAGACAGUCAGGGUUCUGCCUGCAGGCCUUCUGGUUCAGAGGAUUUCCACGCGGCUCCCAGGUCUGUUGCUGCUGCUAUAGGACCACACUUAGAAGAACCACAAGCUUCAAACUCAGGAUGUGAGACCAGGUGUGGUGUCACGCUGUCACUCAGUAAGGCAGCAGGCCUGAACUCUCCAGCACUCCACCCACUGAGGCAAGAGUAUUUUGAGUUUAGGCCCCUGUAGGCGGCACACAGCAAGGUUGUCUGACAAACAACAAAUUAUAGGACUCAGAUCUGGCCCCCAGAGCUCCUAGCAACUUCCGGACGGGUGCAGCAGGAAAAUUAACAACCGCUAAAUGAAAACAAUAGGUGCCGUGUUUGAGGAACAAAGCUGGACCGGGUUAAAUGCGGACAAUUUAGAAAAGCCAGUAGAUGUUCAAGGGCAUCCUGACGUGGACACCACCAAAGAGGGCAGGGACCUCCAGGAAGUGGGAAGAAUUCUGUCAACUCCCGACUUUCCAGUAAAUUUAACUGAACACAGCUCAACCUUUCGCUUGCAGCAAGUCCCACAGAUACCGCUCCCGUUUUCCGAGGGGUUUCUGAGAAGAUAGUGACUUGCCGACAGUCAAUCAGAGAGUAGGAAGAUGCGAAUCCGAAGUCAGCGCCUGGACUGCAAAAAGCCAGGUGUUGGCCUUGAUAUCCCUCCCUGCUUCCUGAGGCCGGUGCUACCCCUACCAUGGAAUUCUUGAUGAGUGGUCUGGCAGCCUGCGGGGCCUGUGUGUUCACCAAUCCCCUGGAAGUUGUGAAGACCAGAAUGCAAUUGCAAGGAGAACUGAAGGCUCCGGGAACCUACCAGCGCCACUACCGGAACGUCUUCCAUGCCUUCUUCACCAUUGGCAAGGUGGACGGCCUGGCUGCCUUGCAGAAGGGCCUGGCCCCUGCGCUCCUGUACCAGUUUCUGAUGAAUGGCAUCCGACUGGGCACCUACGGGCUGGCGGAGGCUAGGGGAUACCUGCGCACUGAUGAAGGCAUCCACAGUCCUAUCCGCAGCGCUGCAGCUGGGGCCCUAGCUGGGGUCAUGGGAGCCUAUCUGGGAAGCCCAAUCUACAUGGUGAAGACACACCUUCAGGCACAGGCAAAAGCUGAAAUUGCUGUAGGGCACCAGUAUAAGCAUCAGGGCAUGUUUCAGGCACUAACCGAGAUUGGCCAGAAACAUGGUCUAGUGGGGUUGUGGCGUGGGGCCGUGGGCGGCCUGCCCAGAGUUGUCGUCGGCUCCUCUACCCAGCUGUGCACCUUCUCAUCUACCAAGGACCUCUUGAGCCAGUGGGAGAUCUUUCCUCCCCAGAGCUGGAAGGUGGCUCUGGCGGCUGCCAUGGUGAGUGGCAUUGCAAUAGUCCUGGCCAUGACACCCUUUGAUGUGGCCAGCACAAGGCUCUAUAACCAACCCACUGAUACCCACGGCAAGGGCCUCAUGUACCGGGGGAUCUUGGACGCUCUGCUGCAGACGGCUCGGACAGAGGGCUUUUUUGGCAUGUACAAGGGUAUAGGUGCCUCCUAUUUUCGCCUUGGCCCCCAUACUAUCCUCUCCCUCUUCUUCUGGGAUCAGCUGCGCUCCUUCUACAGCACAUACACUAAAUGAGGCAUGCUCCUGCGCUCCAAAUCAACUCUUUGGGCAGCAGCCUCUACUACUUACUAUCUCGGUGACUAUUUUCUGACUGAUUGACUUCUCGUGAACCUAAGGGGGACAGCCACACCCACUGCCUCUCAGUUCUCUUAGGUUUGAAUCAUUCUGAGCAGUAAUUUCUGUCUUUCCCAUGGAUAUUGCUUUAAAUUGCCACACAGGUCCCCACACUCAUCUCAGGGUUGAAUCAGACACUCCAAAGUAUAUUUCUCCUGCCAUUCUUGGGUCCCUCCUGCUUCUGU